UUGGUUGAGCUUGUUGAUUUGACCAAAAUUAGCUACACCACCACCGCAGACCAACAUAACUUUUUUACUGCACCAUCAUGAGAACAUUUAGACUCUGCGUUGGCUAACACAAAAGAGGACGCAAUUUCUAAAACCUGAUAAGAUGUCAUCAAUGUGUAACUCUAUGACCACAUGUGUGUGGAUGCUUCUUUCUUUCUUUUUUGUGUUCAUACCUGGACAUGCAUUACUUAACAGCACCUCAGUUCAGACGGUUCAUCGAGGAACAUCAGUCAAUAUCAGCUGUAACUACAAACCAUCAACUGACAUUGAUCGUCUCACAGUGGAACUGCAAACUGAUAAUAAACUGUGCUCAGUAACAAAAUUGAACAAUUCAUGGAUAAAUCAGCCAUGUAGAAAUCACUGUAGAUUCAUUUGGAUUCCAGAAACUGUGCAAAUGUCUUUUGAGGUAUCAGAUCUGCAAAUAAAUGAUACUGGCAUGUACAAAUGUGUUGUGACAAGAACUAUACCACCUCCUUCUGUGCUUUUGAGAGAAGAAAGAACAUUUGUUCAAGUGUUUGCUCACCCCAUUUUGUCUGUGUCACAUGUAAGAGCACUGGGUGGAUUUCACACGAUCCUGUGCAGCUCUGAGGGGUUUUACCCUUCUGCUCUAGAGCAGCUGUGGAUGAGAAAUGGAGAAUUUCAGAACGCCUCGCUCACAUACAGCAUUAACAAAACCAACCCAGAUGGAUCAUUCACCCUCCAUUCAUACCUGAAUAUAUCUGACUGUGUAAACUACUCAUGCUGGGUAAACCACUCAUCCCUGAGCCAACCAACAAUACUCCACAUGUCUCCUGAUUGUUACGGGAGCAGGGAUAAAAAUGUAUGGAUAGCUCUGGCGACCUCUGCGCUGCUGAUUCUCACCAUACUGAUUAUCACGGCUGUGUGUGAGCAUUCCAGAAGAGCACAUCACAGGUCUCCUGUAAGAGUGAAUGUCACACCUGAGCCUGAUCUCCAGUCUCACCUGCAGUAUGACAUAUAUUCAUUGUUGGGUGACCAUCAUCCAGUUCAUUGCAUCCCUGUCGGAGUUCACUCAUCUCCACAGCGAACACCAAAUGUUUUACACUGAUAGAUUUUUAUUUUUUUAUUUUUUUUAUUUAACCUUUAUUUUUCCAGGAAGGUCCUAUUGAGAUUAAAAGAAAUCUCUUCUUCCAGGGAGUCCUGGCCAAGAUGGCCGUAUUAAAAUUUCACAUAAUUACAAAACAAAAAAAACUAAUUCUAAACAGACAAGGUAAAUACAAUAACAUUAAUCAUAUGUCAAAAAAUUAAUUAAAACAGUCACACACUUCAUUCAUUUAACAUCGCAAUAUAUUUUUAAACACAUUCAAAGAAGGAAUUCUUUCUUGAGCAUUAAUUUUAAAUUCAUUCCACAGCCAAGGAGCAAAGUAGGAGAAGGCUGAUUUUCCAUGUUCUGAGUGUAUCUUAGGUACUUCUAAUUUAAUGCCAAUCGAUGAUCUAGUGCUAUAGUUCUUUUUAUACAGGCAUAAAAGCCUAGUAAUGUAAUUUGGCAGCAUACCCAACAAUGCCUUUACUGUAAAUUUUACAUUGAUAGAUAUCCAGAUUCAUUUCUAUCUUUUAUGUAAUAUAUAAUUUCUAUAUGAUUAUUUAACUUUCCAUUAACAUCUUGUUGACUGUAUAUAUGUUGACAGAGUAUACGACACAUACAAAAUAUAAGACCUGUGUUCUUUGCCAGCUUCAGCAUGUAAAAAACAAUAAAAAUGGCUUGCAGAUUGUA